UCGCUCGCUUGUUACAACUUUGUCGGUUGCAAUAAGAGGAAAGAAGAACAACUACUAUAAGAUUUCCAUGGAUGAGUGACAGAGACCGCCGUUGUAGCUUCCAUCUGUACGCGCGCGUGCAGCGAUAGUGCUCUUCAAUCGAACACGGUAUUGAAUGAAAAGACAAGAGAGAAGUGUUUCGCAAUCACCGGAUUCCGUCCGUCAGUCGGGGUGACCUACCAAACAUCGCGAAGUGUGUGAAUCCGAAAGUUGUAGAAGCGCGAGUGAAGUUUUCGUUUUACCCAUCGUGUGUGCGGUUCGUCGGUUGGAGUAAAGUGGAGUGGAAUUUCUGCCCGAACGGCCCGAACUUGUGUGUGGUCAAAUAGAGGAAAACCUGAUCCGAAGAAGAGCAUACAACACAUCGCAGGAGGUAUGCAGCGUACUCUCCCGAGUACUCUCUCGCUCUCCCGCAAUACGCUGGUCGGACUGGCAAGAGAUCUCGCAAAGUCUGGUGAUAAUCUGGUGGUGGUUAAGCGCCUCCGAAUCUUCAAGAUCCUCAGCGUUUCGGGGGUUUCUAGCGUAAUGCUGCCGACCGAUCGGCUCACAAUUCUUUUGACUAUGGCGUGUUUAAGUUCGUCGAAUCGGGUCUGCGCCCGCGUCGUGCAGGAAAAACUGUGUCAGUUUGUUGUUGGCAAAAAUCAGCUAGUGGCCACCACCACCACUACCUCUACCGCUGCUGGUAACAGUGGCUCCGGUUCCGGAACUGGUGCUGGAUCCGGUAAUGGCAGCAAGGGUGGCGGCAGUGUAUCGGUCGUGAAUAGUGUCGCGAAGAGAACCCCGGUCUUCUCCGGUGCCGUUUACCCGUUGUUUACAUCCGGUGUUGGUGCUAUCGGUGUGGAAGCUUUCAAAUACGGACCGUGCGGAAUUGGUGUUGGCAGUGUGCGCAAUUUUUACAGCUCAUCUUUGGUACGCAAUCUCUUCAAGAAGAAUCAG